AUGGCGAAGGUGGUUGAUUUGGACGGCAAUUGGUUUAUUGAUUUAAACAAGUUUAUUGACUUGAACACGAAUAGGGUUCAUUCGAAAAAGGUUGUAGAGGAUCUGAGACAAGCGUCUAUGAUAUUUAACGUAGAUGGGAACGGAUCCAUAUCACUAGAAGAGUUGGAGGAGGUACUCAGAAGUCUAGGGGACGACAAGUGUUUGAUCGCCGAUUAUAAGAAAAUCAUUCGUGGGGUUGAUUCCGAUGGAGAUGGGUUGGUAAGUUUUGAAGAGUUCAAGAGUAUGAUGAUGGACAUGCGCUCUCCUGCUUUCCUUGUCUUCUAUCAUGGUAUGAGAGCCAAAGGUUUGAAUCUAGAGGACUCCCACCGUGCUUCCAAUGUCUAUAGCGGGUGGCCGGAAUAG